AUGGACAGUCCUACGGAAGAGUCUGAAGACACCUUCUCGUUUUCACAAAGUAAACCAGUGGAGGGAGUCUUCUACAGCCACUUGGAGGAGAAGGUGCGCCCUUACAUCGACCUGAUUGAUACCCUUAGAGGGAUUGGCAUUGAGAGGGAUGUUGAUCUGCCAGCCAUUGCUGUUGUUGGAGACCAGAGCUCCGGCAAGAGCUCCGUACUGGAGGCCCUGUCUGGAGUGGCACUGCCCAGAGGCACCGGAAUAGUCACCAGGUGUCCACUGGAACUUAAGCUGAGAAGGCUGAGGGGUGGAUUGCCAUGGAGAGGAGUCAUCUCCUACAAGGACGAGAGAAUUCCCUUUCGUGAGCCUUCAGAAGUGACGCAACAUGUUGAAAAAGCCCAGGAAAAGCUAGCAGGAACAGGUGAAGGAAUAUGCAAUGAAAUAAUUUCUCUUGAGAUCAGCUCCCCUGAUGUGUGUGACCUCACCCUGAUUGAUCUACCUGGGAUUGCCAGAGUUGCUAUAAAAAACCAACCAGAAGACAUAGGGGAGCAGAUCAGAAGUCUCAUACAGACAUUUAUUGAGAAGGCAGAAACUAUUAUUUUGGUGGUGGUUCCAUGUAAUACUGACAUAGCAACAACAGAAGCUUUGAAAAUGGCCCAAGAAGUGGAUCCUGAGGGAAUAAGAACACUAGCUGUUCUGACAAAACCAGACCUGAUUGACAGAGGCACAGAGAAGAAUAUUCUAGACAUUGUCCGAAACAAAGUUGUCCCACUCAGCAAGGGCUACAUCCUUGUGAAAUGUCGUGGUCAGAAGCAAAUUGAUGAAAAAGUCUCACUCAUUGAUGCUACCAAGACUGAACGAGAGUUCUUCAGUAACCAUGCAGAAUUCAGGUCUCUUCUUAGUGAUGAGAGAGCUACAACACAACGUCUUGCCGCAGUUCUGACCCAAAACCUUGUGGACCACAUCAAGACAUCACUACCAGUCAUAAGUGAACAAAUUAGGAAGCAGCUAGGGGACUUUAAAAAGGAGCUGAUACAGUAUGAAGAGGGACCCCCACUUGAUCCACAGAGACAAAAGACAUUUCUAAUCAAUAUACUCACCAAUUUCAAUGACAAGAUCAACAAACUAACUUCAGGAGAGGCCAUCAACCAAGAAAAUCUCUUCUUGCUCCUGCGGCCUGAAUUUCAGAAGUGGAAGAAGUGUCUGUAUGACAGCAAAGAUGGAUUCCAAAAAACAGUACAGGAAGUAGUUGAUGAGUAUGACUCCAACCACAGAGGGAGGGAGCUUCCAUGCUUUAGCCAGUACCAUGUGUUUGAGAGCGUUGUUAAGAGACAAGUGAAGGAACUCAAGGAGCCAGCAAUGGACACGGUGAAAUCCAUCCAAGAGAUUGUGAAGAAGCAGUUUGCAUAUCUGGCCGAAACAUGUUUCAGGAGUCACUCGUACCUUAAAUCAAUAGCUUUGGACAAAAUUUAUAACAUCCAGUCAAACCAGGAGGCCAAAGUGCAGAAAAGGAUCCUGGAGCAAUUUGAAAUGGAACAGCUGGUCUACACUCAAGACAGUAUUUUCUUCAAAACCUUGUUUGAUAUCUCUGAAGAUGAUGAGGUUCCACGUGGGAAAUUAGAACCAUUUUUCAGCAGGUCUACAUACCCAGAGAUGCUUGAUGCCUACUACAAGAUCGUUGUCCAGCGGCUGGCAGACGAGGUGCCCAUGCUCAUCCUUCUCUUCAUGCUGAAGAAGUCAGGCAAACUGCUGAUCAGCGAGAUGCUCAACCUGAUAGACGGGGGUAACGUGGCCGAGAUUCUGCGCGACGACUCGGCAGCCAGCAGGCAGAGACUUGACCUGCAGCACCGUGUUGCCAGACUCAACAGAGCUCAGGAGAAACUUGCUGAAUUUUUCUACUGA